CUGUUUCGCAAGGAGUCCUUCCGACGGCGCAUCCUUGCGAUUAUUGUUGACGAAGCCCAUGUCAUCUACACAUGGUCGAAGAACUUCCGAGUCGACUAUGGGGAGCUCAGACAGCUCCGUGUUAUCACGGGGAUGGACAUACCAUGGGCACUCUUCUCGGCAACGUUCCCUACGGAAAUCUUCAACUUUUGUGGGAGAUCGCUGCACAUGGGCACGACACGGCCGUUUUGGGGUAUCGACCUCGGUGCCGACCGUCCUUCGAUCGCGCAGUGGGUGCGUCGCAUGGAAUACCCUAUCAAUAGCUUUGCC